GGCAGCUGACGCGGUAUAAAAAACAAGCGCCCACAGAUAACGGAUUCACUCUGAGCGCCGUCACACACAGCCUGUGCGGGAUAUCAUUUGCCUGAAACCGAUUCCCUUAAAGCGAAAAGCCCCCCACCCAAAGUUCAGCCAUGGAAGAUGAAAUCGCCGCACUCGUUGUUGACAACGGAUCCGGUAUGUGCAAAGCCGGAUUCGCCGGAGACGACGCCCCACGUGCUGUCUUCCCCUCCAUCGUCGGUCGCCCCAGGCAUCAGGGAGUGAUGGUGGGUAUGGGCCAGAAAGACAGCUACGUUGGUGAUGAAGCCCAGAGCAAGAGAGGUAUCCUGACUCUGAAGUACCCCAUUGAGCACGGUAUUGUCACCAACUGGGAUGACAUGGAGAAGAUCUGGCAUCACACCUUCUACAAUGAGCUGAGAGUUGCCCCUGAGGAGCACCCAGUCCUGCUCACAGAAGCCCCUCUGAACCCUAAAGCCAACAGGGAGAAGAUGACCCAGAUCAUGUUUGAGACCUUCAACACCCCCGCCAUGUACGUUGCCAUCCAGGCUGUGCUGUCCCUGUAUGCCUCUGGUCGUACCACCGGUAUUGUCAUGGACUCCGGUGAUGGUGUGACCCACACAGUGCCCAUCUAUGAGGGCUACGCCCUGCCCCACGCCAUCCUGCGUCUGGACUUGGCCGGUCGCGACCUCACAGACUACCUCAUGAAGAUCCUGACAGAGCGUGGCUACUCCUUCACUACCACAGCUGAGAGGGAAAUCGUGCGUGACAUCAAGGAGAAGCUGUGCUACGUCGCCCUGGACUUCGAGCAGGAGAUGGGCACUGCUGCCUCCUCCUCCUCCCUGGAGAAGAGCUAUGAGCUGCCCGACGGUCAGGUCAUCACCAUUGGCAAUGAGAGGUUCCGUUGCCCAGAGGCCCUCUUCCAGCCUUCCUUCCUCGGUAUGGAGUCCUGCGGAAUCCACGAGACCACCUACAACAGCAUCAUGAAGUGCGACGUCGACAUCCGUAAGGAUCUGUACGCCAACACUGUGCUUUCUGGAGGUACCACCAUGUACCCCGGCAUUGCUGACAGGAUGCAGAAGGAGAUCACAGCCCUGGCCCCAUCCACCAUGAAGAUCAAGAUCAUUGCCCCACCAGAGCGUAAAUACUCUGUCUGGAUCGGAGGCUCCAUCCUGGCCUCUCUUUCCACCUUCCAGCAGAUGUGGAUCAGCAAGCAGGAGUACGAUGAGUCUGGCCCCUCCAUCGUCCACCGCAAAUGCUUCUAAACAGACUUUUCCUCCUCCCCCUCCCCAACCAAAUGCCCAACAACUUCAGCUCUGUGCAAAACAACCACACACCACACAUUUCUCAUACACACUCAGGCGCAGAGCCUAGAUGACCAACUCAUUGGCAUGGCUUCAGUUAUUUUUGGCGCUUGACUCAGGAUUUUAAAAACUGGAAGUGAAGGAUACAGUAAUUGAGAAUACAGUAACUGAAGGUAACAGUAAUUGAAGGAUACAGUAAUGUUUUGGCUAGGUUUAAAAAUGCACCCCAAGCUACUGCAGUUGCAUCUGGGGACUUAAAAAAAUGUACAUUUUGUGUUAUUUUUUUUUCUUUGAGUCAUUCCAAAUGUUUGUUAACUGCAUUGUUCAGACACAUGAUUCCAAAUGUUAACUGCAUUGUUCAGACACGUAUUCGCCUCUGUGAAGGCUGCCCAGUGGUUGGCGCAUACUUAAACAUGGUUGUAGUAUCGCUUGUAUGUAAAUUAUGUCUGGGUUUUUUGUACUUUCAGCCUUAAAAAUAUCUUGGUCCUGUUAAUUUUUUUGUUUUUGUUAUGCAAAACCCAAUCGUGACCUCUUCUUCCCCCUAUUGGAGGUUUCAUCCCCGGGGUGGUGGGGCAGGGGUCUCGAAGUGAUGGGAUAACAUGGGGUGCCAGACCGGUGGGGCCAACCUGUACACUGACUAAACAAUCCCAAUAAAAGUGCACAUGUGUUCCGACA